UGACUCAGUAGAGUGUGAGAGACGAGAGAGGGGAGACGUACCAUCAUGAUGCGCUAUAAUAAACUUCUCUGGGGACUCUCCAGGAUCAACCUGGCUAUGGACAUGGCCCCGGCGGCAUCAAGGCUGCAGUCAACAGUGGCAGAACCAGCAUCCUCGGGAAGAGUUUCACACAGGGAACGCAACAUCACCAAGAAAGAGGAAUCAAAAUCUUUUGUCAUGAAUAUUUUUCGUGGGUCAGCUGUGACUGAACAAGCCAUUCCUUUCCCAGAUAUACUCACCGAGGAGCAGAAAGAGACACUGGAAAUGCUUAUUGGACCUACAGAGAAGUUCUUUCGAGAGUGUAACGACGCAGCCAAGAACGAUUCCAUAGAGGCGAUAGAAGAGCAAUCAAUGCAGAGUUUGCGAGAGUUGGGUGCUUUUGGUCUUCAGGUUCCAGUAGAGUACGGUGGUGUGGGCCUCAAUAACACACAGUAUACUAGACUUGUGGAGAUUGUUGGGUACAACGACCUGGGUGUGGGCAUCACUCUAGGAGCUCAUCAGUCCAUCGGAUUUAAGGGGAUCAUGAUUACUGGCACCCCAGAGCAAAAGGCCAAGUACCUUCCGAAGGUUGCUACUGGGGAACACAUUGCAGCGUUUGCCCUGACUGAACCCUCAAGUGGAUCAGAUGCUGGUUCUAUUAGAAGCCGAGCUGUACUCGCAGAAGAUGGUUCUCACUAUGUACUUAAUGGCUCUAAAAUCUGGAUUAGUAAUGGUGGCUUGGCAGAAGUAUUUACAGUGUUUGCACAAAGUCCGUUUACAGAUCCAAAGACAGGAUUAAAAAUUAUAAUUUGUAACUUCAAUUCAACCUGUUGCUGUUUUUAUACAUGUGCAGUAAUUAAGGUCUUAACAAUCCUUCAGUAUAUAUUAUUAACAGUUUUACUUUCAUUCUUGCAGGAAAAGUUGUCUCGCAUGGCAAUGUUGCACUAUGUGUCAGAAUCCAUGACAUAUAUGAUCUCUUCUAACAUGGAUGCAGGAUCCAAGGAUUAUCACUUAGAAGCUGCUAUUUCUAAAUGCUUUGCAUCUGAAGCAGCCUGGACAGUGACAGACGAGGCUAUACAGGUCAUGGGUGGCAUGGGCUUCAUGAAGGAAACGGGCCUUGAGCGAGUGCUGAGGGACCUUCGUAUUUUCAGGAUCUUUGAGGGAACAAAUGAUAUUCUCCGUCUCUUUGUUGCUUUGACUGGGCUUCAGUAUGCCGGUGGGCAUUUACGUGAACUUCAGCAGGCCCUGAAGAAUCCCGCUGCCAACAUGGGUCUGAUUCUGGGUGAGGGCACCAAGAGAGCCAAGCGGGCCAUUGGUUUCACCAAUAAUGGCACCAUUGAAGGCAUCCAUCCUAAGCUAUCUGACUCUGCCUUGCUUCUAGGAAGAGCUGUCGAGGCAUUUGGUUAUACUGCGGAGGGUCUCUUGAUGAAGCAUGGCAAGAGUAUCAUUGACCAGCAGUUCCUCCUUAAUCGCCUGGCUAAUUCUUGCAUUGACCUCUAUGCCAGUCUGGUGGUUCUCUCCCGGGCAUCCCGCUCUCUCAACUUGAAUCUUCUAUCCUCUGAUCAUGAGGAGAAGAUAGCAAGAGUUUGGGUGAAUGAGGCAUCUGAUCGUAUUCAGCUGAACCUCACUGCUGUAAAAUCAAGUGUCUCACAGAAGAACUUCAGUGACCUUGAAGCUAUUGCCAAGGAGCUGUCUUGCCAUGGAAAUAUUAUUGCUGAAAGACCUCUGGGUUUUUAAGGCUUGAUUUCUUAAGCAAGUUAUGUCAAAAUACGUAGUACUGUAUCUUGAUAUGUUCAAAUUCUUGUAGAGAACUAUUAUAGAUAUAUAGAUUUUUUGAGCAAUCUGCUGUAUAGAAUAAACUGUACAUACAUAUUUUAUGAGACCAUAUAUUAUUCAUGACUUAAAAUUUUAAGUGUUUUUUAGUGACAUAUGUGGUUCCUGGGCAGUCUGCCAUAGCCUAAGCAUAUUUUAUUUUUCUUCAAUUAUUUUAUUUGCUAGCUCGAGAGUAUGACAAACAUACCACCUGUUAAGCAAACCAUACCACGAUUUCGUGAGUCAUACCACCUGUUGUGUUAAGUAGCUGGGAUAAAGCUUAGUCCUAUUAUUCCAGAGAAUGGUUCUGCCCAUAUAUUUUUCUGUUAAAUUGGUAGCUUCCCAUUGUAUAUUCUUGUAUAUUCUACUGAAGGUAACUAAACUUUUCCACAACACUAUCAGUAUUCUCUAAAUACUCUACUUGUUGUUACUCUUAUUCAAAUUAUUAUAGUGGUAAUUCUGACGAUGUUACCAAUGAGUAACAGAGUGCUAUACGUUGUACCCUGGAUAACACAUAUAUUGUGAUAUCUAAUACAGCACUUCAAGAGCUUUAAUGAUGCAUAUACAGUAUGUGAUUCGACAGGGUUUUUUUUAUUUUAUUUAAUACUGUACAUACAUUAGUUUGACUGAUAGUUCCUAGUGGAGAAUUUUCAGUAAUUGCCAAUACAAUGCAAUUUAGACUAAGAUGAUAUGUAAAUAGGUAGUAAAUUGAUAAGCGAACAAAAACCCAGGGAGGCACUGCGGCCCUUUCAUAGGAGUUUGAAACAGAAGCCCUAUUUUUUUUUCUUUCUCUCAUGAACAUGUAAGAUGGCUGGUAAAGCUUACAAGCUUCUACUCAUGUUCACUAUAUACUUAGUGUAUUUCCUUUCUAAUUUAAGAGGCCGGGUCCAAGGGAAGGCCGCUGGGUCAAUGAUUCCUUGAACCAUUAGCAGAUAUUAAUGCUAAUUAGGAAUUGCUGUCAGGGAGAUAUCUCAGAGUUUACCAUAUAUACUGCUGACCCUUCUCUCUCAUUCAUUUCCAGAUGGUAACGGUGUGUAAUUUAACAGUAAGUGCCAUACUUUAGAGGUCUAUCAUGUUUGAUAAUGAAAGUGUGCUUAUUAGACAAAAUAAUUUUUUAUAGGUAAUGAGUAUGGAUGUUUUGAAAAAAAUGGUGUAGCAUUUCCUCUAAAUACUAUUAAGUAAAUUACACAAGUUGCAUUGUACAAUAGUUGUUGGCACUACAGACUGAUAGCACUAACAUCCUAUAUCAUAAAAUUCUUUGAGAAGGCUCUAAGAAGCAAGAUAGCCAACCAUCUAGAUACCCAUCAGUUACACAAACCAGGGCAACACGGGUUUAGAGCAGGUCGCUCCUGCCUGUCCCAGCUACUGGACCACUAUGACAAGGUCCUGGAUGCUGUAGAGGAUAAACAAAAUACAGAUGUAGUAUACACAGACUUUGCAAAAGCUUUCGAUAAGUGUGACCAUGGUGUAAUAGCACACAGAAUGUGGGAAAAAGGAAUAACAGGAAAAGUUGGUAGAUGGAUCUACAACUUCCUGACAAAUAGAACACAAAGAGUAAUAGUAAACAGAGUAAAGUCCCAGGCAGCCAUGGUAAAAAGCUCUGCUCCACAAGACACAGUACUCACUCCCAUUCUAUUCCUCAUCCUCAUUUCUGACAUAGAGAUGUAAGCCAUAACUCUGUGUCUUCAUUUGCGGAUGACACCCGGAUCACCAUGGCAGUGACCUCCAUUGAAGACACCGUGAGACUCCAAGUGGACAUCAACCAAAUCUUCGAAUGGGCCACUCAAAACAAUAUGAAGCUCAACAAGGAGAAAUUUCAACUACUCAGAUAUGGAAAACUUGAAGAAAUUAAAAAUAUGUCAGGGUAUACCACAAAUUCUAACCAUACAACCAUACAGUAGAGCGGAAAAGUAAUGUGAAGGACCUGGGAGCGAUAAUGUCAGAGAAUCUCACCCUUAAAAGAUCACAGCAAUGUAUCUACCUCAUCUGCUAGGAUAAUGAGAACCUUCAAAACUAGGGAUACCAAGCCCAUGAUGAUUCUCUUCAAAUCACUUGUGAUCUCUAGGCUGGAAUACUACUGUACACUAAUGGCCCCCUUCAAGGCUGCGACAUUGCAGACCUGGAGAGUGUACAAAGAACUUUCACAGCACACACAAGUGCGAUAAGGCACCUAAACUACUGGGAAUGGUUGAAGAUCCUUGAUCUGUAUUCCCUCGAACGCAUGUGAGAGAGAUACAUGAUAAUAUACACUUGGAAGGUCCUGGAAGGAUUGGUACCAAACUUGCACACGAAAAUCACUCCAUAUGAAAGCAAAAGACUCGGGAGGAGAUGCAACAUUCCCCCGAUGAAAAGCAGGGGUGCCACAAGUACACUGAGAGACAACACAGUAAGUGUCCAGGGCCCAAGACUGUUCAAUUGCCUCCCAGCAUACAUAAGGGGGAUUACCAAUAGACCCCUGGCUGUCUUCAAGAAGGCACUGGACAGGCACCUAAAGUCAGUACCUGACCAACCGGGCUGUGGUUCAUACAUCAGCUUGCGUGCGGCCAGCAGUAAUAGCCUGGUUGAUCAGACCCUGAUCCACCAUGAGGCCUGGUCUCAGACCGGGCUGUGGGGGCAUUGACUACCGAAACCCUCUCCAGGUAAACUUAAAGGUGCAGAUUCCCAGCAGGACCAUACACCAUAGUUUGGGUCAAGCCAGUCACAACAUUGCCAGCAUUUUUAUUCCUGCAUUGCACUAACUGCUAGAUCAACCAGGCUGUGAUAAAGCCCUGAAUUGCAACAUCCCCCCCUAAAAAUGAUUUUUUUAAAACUCGGCAUAAUGAUCUUCUGAUGAAUAAGACACAUAUGCAACAGUGAGACACCUGUGCAACACUUCAUUACUGAAAUGUUUAGCCUGCUCAACAGGCUCCUUCAGUUGAAUACUGGAAUCAGCAGUAGUGUAGUUUUGAAGUUGUCAGUCUGUCACCCUCGGUGGGAAGUGGUCAGUCCCUCAAGUUUGACCAGCCGAUCAACUCUGCCUACAUCCAUAUGUAUAUUAUUAGUCUUUCAACGCACCAGCUGCAUCCCACCAAAGCAGGGUGGCCCAAAAAGAAAAACAAAAGUUUCUCUUUAUAAAUUUAGUAAUGUAUACAGGAGAAGGGAUUAUUAGCCCCUUGCUCCCAGCAAUUUAAUCGCCCUUUACGACAUGCAUGGUUUACAGAGGAAGAAUUCUGUUCUGCUUCCCUGUGGAGAAUAAAUACAAAUCUAUAAUAUAAAUCUGCCAAUGUUCUUCCCUCAACACCAUGUGUCAUUGUUUUCUCUCCAUUUGCAUCAUUUCUACUUGUUUAUUGUACAUUUUUAGAAAAAUACAGUAGUCACAUAAUUG